AUGCAAGGCACGUCACCGGAGCUAAGCUAGGUCUGUCGGCUACGGCUUUGGUUGGUGUAGACUAGGAAGCUAUUCUUGUAUUCUAGUGUUAUAAUGUAGAACUUGAACUGACCUCGUUGAGUAAACUACUUGGCACAUGUGUUUCUUUAUUCAACAGAAAAAUUAAUGAGCCGGCAGAUAGAUUAAAAAAAUGGAAUGGAGUUGUUGACUUAUAGUUUCGGAGGCUAGAACAAGACAAACUAGAAAGGAGGAGGGUUGGCAUGCAAAAAAAUAUUAAUAUAUGUAUGUAGAGAGAUAGCGAGAGAUGCGUUGAGUGGAUGGGACGGACCAACUUUACGGUGGAAAAAAAGAACUCUUCUCAUGGAACCAGGGAUUGAUAAUCGACUAUCUCAAAGGAACUAAUCGAGACACUAUAUUGAGAAGAUGAUCUUGAAUAAAAAGCCUCAGGAAAUAGUAACCAUGAAGUGGUUGCGAGGACGAAUUCAAACAAUUGAGUUAAGGGACAGAUACAUCGGAAAGACGAAAAGGUAAGCAAUUCUUGGCAUUCCAACCAGUGACUCAAUAAUCCAUUUCUAGGAAAAAAAAUUAAAAGUAGAAAUGAUGGUUUAGGUAUAACCAAUUAUGUAGAAGUGGGCACCAAUCAUUUCUGGACACUCUAUUCUAAACACCGAAAACAAGAACGCGAGCACGUGGUAGUAGAAAAAGGAAAAUAAAUCCAAACUACAAUCUCGAGUCAUGCCAUCUCUUCUGAUCGAUAAACACAGCAGAGAUGUAUGUAUAUAUAUAUAUAUAUAUAUAUAAAUAGCGAGAGAGAGAGAGAGAGAGAGAGAGGUGAAAACCUUCGAACUUCGUACCUUCUUGGUGAGUGAAACGUCAGGAACCCGGAAGUCAACGAGGCAGCUUUGGGAAUUAGCCAGCGAGCUGGCUGGCAGACACUUGCAGCGCGGCAUGGAAAGACGGUCGUACGACGCUGACUCGACCCGAGCUUGCACCGACAGCAGCGGAGAUGGCGUGCCCGGCGUUCCGGGAGUUGCAGGAGAUACCAUGUUCGGCAUGACAGUUCCGAGUUCUGGCAUUCUGUCUGAAACCUAUCUGCUAUCUUCUUCUUCUUUUUUAUCGGCAAUCCCAAAUCUUUUCUUUGAAUGUGGAGACUCCUUACGGAAACAUUUCUUGGAUUUUUAUGUUUUUUUUUUUUUUGUGGUUGGGAGAAAGCAUAUGAAUGAAGGAGAUAGUUACAUGAUUACCUGGGUUUUAUAAAGGUGAUACUAUAAGAACGGUGGAAUUGGGGCCAGAUUACCUAAAACUAUUGCUGCUCUCCUAUGGGAACAUCAAAAAAUAAUAACUACGACUUUUUUUUAGCUUUUCUGUUUCCAAGAGAAAUCCACGAAGGAAGAUAAUUACAUAA